AUGAUAUUCGGUUCAGGAGAAACUUUGUUACGCGGGCUAGAUCACGCGGAUAAAAAGCUAAAUGAGGACGAAAGCAUAGUUUUUGAUAAAGGAUGUGACCCUACCAAGAUUUCCAUGAUCACUUUGGAUUUCCAUUUUCCUAAUGCUAGUGUUCCAGGACUCGGUUUCAAUAUUGUUGGAGGAAAGGAUAGCCAACAUAUCCCUGGUCAUAGUGGGAUUUUUGUUUCGAUCAUAAAAGCUGACGGCCCUGCUUACAAGGAUGGGAGGCUGUCUGUCGGUGAUUUAGUAUUGUCUGUAAUCGGGCUCAUAGACAAGACUCAUGAUGAAGCCGUAUCAAUAUUUCGUUCUCAGAAUCAGUCGACUGUAGAUCUGCUUGUGGAAGUCGGUGCCGAAAAUAGGAUUUUGAACGUAAGUGGUUUUUGUUAUGAGAGGGAUAUUUCCUGCAGUGCUCUUCACUUCUUCGAGUUCUCAGGUGAUUUGAAGGGGCAAGAAGAGGACUCCGAGUCAAUAACUAGCGGUGCUCCAUCUGUACAUUCAAUUCUUGAUGAUACUAAUAAUCGUGAUUCUAGUCUGACUUAUGAAAACUGGUUACUGUACGUCUCCAUCGGUCUUGCUGUUAUUUCGUUAGGUGUUUUUGUAGUUUAUCGAUUUAUCCGUAGAAGAAGAUAA